AUCCCCGAGAUCUCGCUCCCUCGUCAAUUUUAACAGUCGCAUUUCCAAGAUCUAAACGAUGCCGUACUACACGCACGCCGGGGAUGAAGCCACUGACUUCGAUGAGUACGAUCCGACGCCCUACGGCGGGGGAUACGACAUUUACCUGACCUUCGGCCGCCCUCUCGACCCGUCCGAUGAGACCUGCUACCCCAACUCAUCGCCGUCUGAUGAUUUCGAUUACGAGCGCCCCCAGUUCUCGUCGUACUCCGAGCCCUCCGCCUACGCCGACGAGGCUCUCGAAGACGAGUACACACACUACGCCCGACCCGCGCACCGACCCGGACCAGCUGUCGGGUUCAAUCCUGGCGGGGGACAUCCAGAGGGAGAGUACGAAGGCAGGCCCCAGCCGGCAUAUGGGUUCCAGCCUGGUGGGGAGGAGAGACCCGAGUUCGGAUCCGAGAGGCCUGAAUCGGGUUAUGGUCGGAAGCCCGAGUAUGGACAAUCCGGUUCGGAAUACGGGUCUGGGUAUCAACGAAGGCCCGAAGCUGAUGAGCCCAGCUCCGAAUAUACUGGUUACGGUCGGAAGCCAGAACACGAGGAGCCCGAAUCGGAGUAUGGAUCUGGGCACGGGCGAAAGCCCGAGUAUAAGGCACCCGAACCCGAGUAUGGAUCUGGGUACGGGAGAAAGCCCGAGUACGAGGCACCCGAGUCCGAAUAUGGAUCUGGGUACGGGCGAAAGCCCGAGUUUGAGGCACCGCCAGCUGAAUUCGGAUCUGGGUAUGGUCGGAAGCCGAGCUACGGUGAGGAAUCUGGUUAUGGCGAAGAGCCACCGAGAAAGCCGAGCUAUGGUGAGGAGGGUAGUUAUGGCGAAGAGCCGCCGAGAAGGCCAAGCUAUGGGCGGCCGAGCUAUGAGACGCCAGAAAGCGAGGAGAGGCCGAGCUAUGGGAGUUCUGAGUUUGAGAGGCCAGGUCACGGCGAAGAGCCGCCGAGGAGGACCGGCUAUGGAGAUGAGCCGCCACCGCCUAGGAGGACCGGCUAUGGAGAUGAGCCGCCACCGCCGAGGAGGACUGGCUAUGGAGAUGAGCCGCCACCGCCGAGGAGGACCGGGUAUGGAGAUGAGCCGCCACCGCCGAGGAUGACCGGUUAUGGAGAUGAGCCACCACCGCCGAGGAUGACCGGUUAUGGAGAUGAGCCGCCACCCCCGAGGCCUAGCUAUGAGAGGCCCAGCUAUGAGGGCCAGGAAAGUGGGGAGUACGAGAAGCCCAGUUAUGGGAGGAGCGAGGAGCAGAAGUACGGUGAAGAAGGCUAUGGUCGCAAGAAAUAUGGAAAUGACGACUCAGAUGACGAUGAGGAGAAAAAGCAGCGCCGCCACAAGCACCACCAUCGCAAGAGCUAUGACGAUGAGUGAUCAUAAUACUUACCGCCUUAUUAACGGGAGAUCCAUGCCGUGCUUUAGCUACUAAAUAAAAGGGUUUAGGCAUGUUUUCCUUUGAAUGGUAUGGUGUUGUGUUACAUGUUUGAGUGUGUGUUCUAAACGCUAAACGGAGGCUAUCCGAAUUCAAGCGUGUGGUCGUGUGUGCAUCGUUGCUCCUAAAUAAACUUACUUAAAACUGGAUUGGAUUGUGUUUAGUCCAUUAAUUCAUGUGUUAAGCUUA